GCUCGUUGCACCCCCUACACCUCCUGUUCUGACCCCCCCCCCAAACCAAAAUGGACGCAAUCGAGCAGGUUGCGCCGACAGGGGCAAGACACGAUCAGAGCGACAAGAGCGAGGCUGUUGUUACCACGCCAGAGCGGGUGAGAAACGAGGUCUCGGUCGAGGCACACCCUGCCCAGCCCGAGCCACACGCCCCCAAUCCGUCCCUCACUGCAGCAGCAGCAGGGUGCGACACGGAACGCACAACUUCUGCUUCUGCUUCGCCGGCGUCGGUCUCGGCCUCGGCGUCCAACCGACACAAGCCAUUGGUCCGGCGAGCGUCAUCAAGGUCGAGCUCGGACUCGUCGUCCAACGAUGAGCUCAGUUCCGAGGAGACAGACGACGACGAUGACGAUGAUGACGAUGAUGACGAUGAUGACGAUGACGAUGACGAGGACGACGACGACGAGCACCAGGCCGAGCUCGAGCGCAAACUGUCGACAAGAACAGGCGGAAUGACCAUGCAGCGCGGCGUUCGAGACCAUGACAGCGACGCCGCCGACAGCUCGGAAGAUGAAAGCGAGGCAUCAUGCAACGAGGCACGCGACGACGCGGCGGUCGCAGCCCCUCAAGGCGGGAAUGGCGGCGAAGCAAGCACCAACGACUUCUCGACCACAGUGAUUGAGGCCCAUCCUAGCAGCAGCAAGGAAGCAGACGCCGGCGCUGCAAACAAAGUAAUAUACAUCCAAGCACACGGAGACGCACCACCUCACGGCCACACUGCCCAAGCAGCAGCAGCAUCAUCAUCACGGCACGCAAUGCACGGCUCAGAAUCCGGACCAAGCAAGCAACAUCCGCUUGUUGACAACGGCAUUCGUCAUGGCCAUCUCAUCCAUCUUCAAGACGCAAAGAAAAGUCACGACGGUGCCAAUGAUAACGACGACGACGAUGAGGAUGAGGAUGAGGACGACGAGGUGCUGAGUAAAAUCAUGCAAGAAGUGAGGCGAGAAUCUGCACUCGGCAUUUCCGCGAGUGGUUCUGCAGGGUCUGCGGUACCACCGUCGGUUUCCUCCAUCUCCAUCUCUACAGGGCAUCUUGUCGAGUCCGCAGGGUUGCUUCAAUCAAGCUCUUCAACGGACGCGGGAGCCAGACCCAGGCUUGCUUCGGUCAAUUUGUCGCUCGACAUUACCCCUCGUCAUCACCAGCACGGACAGUCACACCACGGACAGCCUCAUCACGGACAGCCUCAUCAUGGACAGCCACAGCACCAGCAGGGCGCCGUAUCGCCUGCAAUCGAUCGCGGGCUUUCUUACUAUGGUCGCACAAACAGCGUUGAGGAGGCUCUGCUCUCGUCCAGCAAAGUCCCUGCUCGAACUGUCUCACCGCACUACCCAAUAGCCCUUCCUCCCUCCAACAACGAGACAAUCGCCAAAACAGCCGCUCUUGCGGAGGGGACGUUAUCCUCCACGCCAGCAGUCGGCGCUGGCUCUUCGCUCAAUGCAACGAACGACUUGUCAAAAUCGUCCUCGUCGAUUGUUUCUAGCAUUUCCAGCAGCACCACAGGACCAACAGUCGUCGUCACUCAGCGCCGAGGCAGCACAAUUCUUCUGCCGGUCGCACCACCUACGUUCAAUCUUCAACAGCCCGACUCUGCAGCAAAAUCGGCGACCAAUUCCACAACUCCGAAUGUCGGCAAUACAACCUCCACAACUCCGAGCGUCACCAUCACAAGCUCCACAACUCCAGCGGUCGGUGCGACGACGACAAGCAAUGCCUCAGAGUUCGCCACCAAAGGCCGCAGCACCUCUGCUGGCGAUUCGUCCACAGCGACCGCGCCGAGCGCAGAGGCCCUGUUCCAGGCACACGCAGACUCAGAAGAAGUCACCAAACACAAGGCAGCCUUCAAGGCCGCUCAGCGAGAGCAAGCAGAGCACGAGGCGCGUCGCACUACGCCAGCCAUGACAGCCACCUCGGCUGCCGGCGCCAGCACCUCGAACGCCAGCUUAACGGUGGCCUCAUCUUCAGCCCCGACGCUGCCCCUGCCUGCGCGCUCGCAGUCCGCGGGAAACACGUCCGGCUCUUCCAGCGAGGGCUUGUCCAAAGCAUCCCUGCUUCAUCCUUCUUCUGGGUUUUUUGCCAAUCCCUUCUUUGCGGGUAUCCUAAACACGAGCGGCACGCCACGCUCGUCGGACAGACCGGUCGAACGCGUGCGGUUUGUCGAGCGGAUUGACAGUUCCGUGUCUGCCUUCCAAGCCAAGUUUGCUCGGUACGAUUCCGCCACUUGGGAACGGCAAUUGGAACGGCAAGGCUCGCAGCCGCAGACGACUCGCAAGUCCAAGUCGCAACCCAAGCCAGAACUGAUCGACCUCGACUUGGUGCGCGGCUCCAUGUUCUUCAAGGCGAAACCCACCGAGGCGGACAGCAACAUUUUGCGCAAGGGGUUUUUGCGAGCCGUCUUCUUUCCGCUCUUCCGGACUUGGUGGUGCGAAGAGGUGCACUUCAACGCGUGGUUGGUGGGCACUCUGAUGUAUCUCAUGCAGAUUUCCUCCGUGCUGCUGUACAUGCUGGAUGGCGAGGUGGCCCAGCUCACGAACGCAGAAGAGUCUGAGGCGCCUGCCGCCAUCGACGACUCGCUCAGCCCUCGGCUCGUCGUCACGCCGAUGGAGGUCUUCUUGCCCUUGUCGAUUUUGCUGGCGAGCGGCAUCGUCUAUGCGCGUGUCGCGGCAACGCGCUUUACCUCCGGUUCCGACCACUCUGAUUCGCGCCAUGGCCAUCACCGCCACAGCUCCAGCGGAUCCAGCACCCCUCGGAACAGUGCCUCAUCGGCCAGCCAGCAGCCAAACACAUCCAGCAGCCAGCCUACUUCUUCACAACAAGCGGCUGCACCUGGAACGAACGAUCCCCCGAGCAGCUUGAAUGUAAAAACAGAACCCCGUGCCGCAACCGAUAGCAACGGUACGAGUGGCGGCGGCCACAGCAGCAGCAGCAGCUCCAACUCAGCAACAGUUUCAUCUUGCGCUCAGAGCCAUGGAUUUGUGCGUGCGGCCAAUCUCGAUUCAGGCGCAUCAACUCGCGCGACCGCACCAACCGCCAGCGCAGCCGGUCCCUCGUCAUCCUCUGCCACGUCCAGUGGAAGUGCAUCUGAAAAACUCAACGUCCCAUCGACCAGCAACGUGAAGCCGCGGGCCUUCCAGGAGCACGACUCUGACUCAUCCAGUGGCGACGAAGACGACGGGAACGAUUCGAACGAAUACUCGGAUGACGAAGACCGAUCCUUCUCCAGAGAAACCAUCAGUCGUGAGCGUGAAUUGACCAACAAGAUGCUCCGAGGUGAAAUUGUCGGCAACAUUUCCGUCACGCUUUGGCCAGCAGACGAAACGGUCGUCAAGGCUGAAAUGACUCUGGCGGAGCUCAGUAAUGCCAUUCUUGCGCGAGUUGCUCGCGCCAAACAAACCUCGCUGUACGUCCACAUGUCUGUGCUGGGCAGUGUGUACAUUGCUCUUCUUCCGGUCAUCUAUCGCAUCUCGCACAUCCAGCCAAUCGAUUCAGCGACCACCAAUGUGGAAGGAGAACUCGUGGAGACGUCCCAUUGGACUGCAAUUCUGCAAGCGGCGUUCGGAACGUCUUGGAAAUCCAUCUACCUGGUCUCUAGCAGUGUCAUUGGCGCGGCCAGCCUCACGUUUGCCUUUUUGUUCGCCUUGUCGGUCGCAGAACGUACCUAUCAUCAGCGGUACUUGUACGCCAAGUACUUUGGCGGGCUCACCUCAGCACGCCGUGCCAAACGAUCUGGUCUGCCUCAUUUUCGUCUCCACAAGGUCCGCAACAUCAAGAUGUGGCUUUCGUUGCGAUCGUUUUUAAAGAAAAAAGGCCCCCAACGCUCCGUCGAUACGAUUGUCUCAUCAUCCUUUUUGCUGACGCUGGCUCUUGUUUUGUUCAUGUCGGCCAGACUGCUGGAUGACACUGGCACGACUCCCUUCUUCUCGAGCUUGCUGAACUGGGAACUGCUGGCCUGGUCCCUCACCAUUUGCAUCUUUUUGCUUCGGUUCAUGACGCUCGGCUCGCGAAUCAAUCAAAAAUACCAGAACGCCUGCGUGCUGCUCACCGAACAGAUCAAUCUCUAUGUGCGUAUGGAGCUUACACCCGAGAAACGAGGCGACCUUGGCAUUGCCAACAACGUAUUAAAGCUGGCUACCAAGUUGAUCAAGGAAUUGGAAACGCCGUACAAAAUCUCAGGCUUGUCCAUGAAUCCCAUGCUCUACAACAUCACUCGUGUAGUUGUACUUUCCGCAUUUUCGGCAGUCAUGUCGGAAAUGCUUGGAUUCAAGCUCAAGAUCUGGAAACUCAAGGCAUAAGUUUAAAAUACAAACGAUGCAAGGCGCUACUGCGGAUGUAUUGUAAUGAUGAACAUGUUGUUUGUUGAUUUUUAAAAAAAAAGUUUGAAAAUUU